AUGGCUGAUUCUAUCCCACAAUAUUCUGCAUCCGAUUAUUUUAAAUUUGCUUUGGCUGGUGCCAUUGGUUGUGGUUCUACUCACAGUUCUCUAGUUCCUAUUGAUGUUGUUAAGACUAGAAUCCAAUUGGAACCAACCGUCUACAACAAGGGUAUGGUUGCCUCCUUCAGGAAAAUCAUCGGGGAGGAAGGUGCUGCUGCUCUUUUAACAGGGUUUGGUCCAACCUUAUUAGGUUAUUCCAUCCAAGGUGCAUUCAAAUUUGGUGGGUAUGAAGUCUUCAAAAAAAUGUUUAUCGAUAUGUUAGGCUAUGACACCGCAUCCCAGUACAAGAACAGUGUCUAUAUGGGGUCUGCAGCUGUUGCUGAGUUCAUCGCUGAUAUCGCUUUAUGUCCAUUGGAAGCCACUAGAAUUAGAUUGGUCUCUCAACCAACAUUCGCCAAUGGUCUAGUUGGCGGAUUUUCAAGGAUCCUAAAGGAGGAAGGUAUUGGUUCUUUCUACAGUGGGUUCACUCCAAUUCUUUUCAAACAAAUCCCAUAUAAUAUUGCCAAAUUCUUAGUCUUUGAAAGAGCCUCCGAACUUUACUAUGGUAUGAUCGGUAAGAAGAAAUCUGAUCUAUCUCACAGUGUUGUCACCGGUAUCAACUUGUUAUCUGGUUUAACUGCUGGUUUUGCUGCUGCUAUUGUGUCCCAACCUGCUGAUACUCUAUUAUCUAAAGUUAACAAGACUAAGAAAGCUCCAGGUCAAAGUACUGUCGGUUUGUUGGCUCAGUUAGCUAAACAAUUGGGUUUUGUUGGUUCCUUCACCGGUCUACCAACACGUUUAGUCAUGGUUGGUACUCUGACCUCUUUACAGUUCGGUAUCUACGGUAGUUUAAAGAAGACUCUUGGUUGCGGUCCAACUAUUGAAAUUGGUGGUGGAUCCGGUCAUUAA